UUCCUUUCGCCUUAGGUCGUCCGCCGGCGUCGGCCCCGCCCGCCUCACCUGCGCGUCACGUGCCCUGCGCCACUCGCCGGCGUCUGAGCGCUGAUUCCGGGCGUCGUGGGUUUUCGAGGUGAACGGGGCAGUGCCCAUGGGCCAGUUUAGCAGCGGCGGAGGCAGGAUAUUUUACUUCAAAUAAAGAACAUGGUGAAACUCAUUCACACAUUAGCGGAUCAUGAUGAUGAUGUCAACUGCUGUGCCUUCUCCUCUUCCCUCUUGGCCACUUGCUCCUUGGACAAAACAAUUCGCCUGUACUCCCUGAGUGACUUUAGUGAAUUGCCACACUCUCCAUUGAAGUUUCACACCUAUGCUGUCCACUGCUGCUGUUUCUCCGCUUCAGGACAUAUUUUGGCUUCGUGUUCAACAGAUGGUACCACUGUCUUAUGGGAUACUCAAAACGGACAGACUUUGGCAGUGAUGGAACAGCCCAGUGGUAGCCCCGUGAGGGUUUGCCAGUUUUCCCCAGACUCCACUUGUUUGGUAUCAGGGGCAGCUGAUGGAACUGUUGUUUUGUGGAAUGCACAGUCAUACAAGUUAUAUAGAUGUGCUAGUGUUAAGGAUGGCUCCUUGGUGGCCUGUGCAUUUUCUCCUAAUGGAAACCUCUUUGUCACUGGCUCUUCGUGUGGAGAUUUAACAGUGUGGGAUGAUAAAAUGAGGUGUCUGCAUAGUGAAAAAGCACAUGAUCUUGGAAUUACCUGCUGCGAUUUUUCUCCACAGCCAGUUUCUGGUGGAGAACAAGGUCUUCAGUUCUUUCGACUGGCAUCAUGUGGUCAGGAUUGCCAGAUCAGAAUUUGGGUUAUUUCCUUUACCCAUACCUUAGGUUUUGAAUUAAAAUAUAAAAGUACACUGAGUGGGCACUGUGCUCCUGUUCUGACUUGUGCUUUUUCUCACGAUGGGCAGAUGUUAGUUUCAGGAUCAGUGGAUAAGUCUGUCAUAGUGUAUGAUACUAAUACUGAGAAUAUACUUCACACCUUGACUCAGCAUACCAGGUAUGUCACAACUUGUGCCUUUGCACCCAGUAUCCUUUUACUUGCUACUGGUUCAAUGGACAAAACAGUGAAUAUCUGGCAGUUUGACCUGGAAACACCUUGCCAAGCAAGGAUCGCAGAAGAUCAACCAAAGCAAUUUACUGAAGAUUGGUCAGAGGAUGAUGUCUCAAAGUGGCUUUGUGCACAAGGUUUAAAAGACCUUGUUGGUAUUUUCAAAACGAAUAACAUUGAUGGGCGAGAACUGUUGAAUCUUACAAAAGAAAGUCUAGCUGAUGAUUUGAAAAUUGAAUCUCUAGGGCUGCGUAGUAAAGUUCUGCGGGAAAUUGAAGAGCUCAGGACAAAGAUGAAAACCCUUUCCUCUGGAAUUCCUGAUGAAUUUAUAUGUCCAAUAACUAGGGAGCUUAUGAAAGAUCCUGUCAUCGCAUCAGGUCCAUCCAUGUUGCUGCAGACGGCAUUAUUUCAUUCUUUUUUAUGGAUGGCUAUUCAUAUGAAAAGGAAGCAAUGGAAAAUUGGAUCAGCAAAAAGAAACGUACAAGUCCCAUGACAAAUCUUGUUCUUCCUUCAGUGGUACUUAUACCAAAUAGGACUCUGAAAAUGGCCAUUGAUCGAUGGCUGGAGACACAUCAAAAAUAAAACUGUUUAUUUUAUAUUGCA